AUGGCGUUUCUUGCUCUGGUGCUGCUGCUGCUGCUGGUAGCAUUUCCGGUGCAAUUUGAGGCCCAACAGAGCUACGUAAACAACAAGCAGCUCAAAUGUAAUGAAAGCCCCAACAACACUCUGGGAUUCGUGUGCAACGCUGCCCCCUCUUGCACCUCCUACCUCACCUUCCGAUCCACCCCCACCUACAACAGCCCCGCCACCAUCGCCUACCUCCUCGCCGCCGACGCCUCCCAGAUCGCCACCGCCAACAACAUCUCCGACGUCGCCCCGCUCCCCACCGACACUCUGGUGCUGGUCCCCGUCAACUGCUCCUGCUCCGGCAAUGCCUAUUACUACCAGCACAACGCCUCCUACACCCUCAAGACCCCCGGCGAGACCUACUUCACCGUCGCCAACGACACCUACCAGUCCCUCUCCACCUGCCAGUCCCUCAUCGCUCAGAAUCCUUACAAUCUCCGCCAACUGCUCCCCAACAUGAGGCUCCUCGUUCCCCUCCGCUGCGCCUGCCCCACUCCCUCCCAGACCGCCGCCGGCUUCAAUUACCUGCUCACCUACCUCCUCCGUCAGGGAAACGACGUCAACUUCAUCGCUGCCCAGUUCGCCGCCGCCGGAGCCGACGUCCAAGCCAUCCUCCACGCUAAUAUGCUCAAUACCUCCAUCGUCUUUUUCUUCACUCCACUCCUCGUCCCCCUCAAAAUUCAGCCCACCAAGGAAAACAUCAACACCGCACCCUCUCCGCCCCCGCCUCCGCCUCCCUCCGUCCUUCCCAAUCCCACCACCCCCUCCGCUUCCCACAAGUGGGUUUUCAUCGGUGUGGGAAUCGGAGCUGCGGUUUUGGUGAUCUUGUCCUCAAUCGCUCUAGUUUGGUUAUUCCGUCGGCGCAAACCUCAUCCUCAUCCUCCGCCUGCCAAGGGAGAGGAGUCGCCGCCGCCGCCGCCGCUGUCGGAGUUAUCCCAAGGCAUCCGGAGCGCCACCAUGGAAAGUCUGAGCCUAUACAAGUUGGAAGAGUUGAACAAGGCGACGGAUUCAUUUGCAGAAUCCAAGAGAAUUGCAGGAUCGUCGGUGUACCACGGGUGGUUCAACGGCGAUGAAGCGGUGGUGAAGGUGAUGAAAGGGGAUGUUUCCGGCGAGAUCAAUACGCUGAGGCAGAUAAACCAUUCGCGCAUCAUCAGGCUGUCUGGUUACUGCGUGCACGAGGGCACCACCUAUCUGGUAUAUGAGUACGCCCAGAAUGGGUCUCUAAAGGAAUGGGUGUGGCGCCUUGAUUGGAAACAGCGCGUCCAAGUAGCCUACGACGUAGCUGACGCCUUGAAUUACCUCCACCACUUCACCAAUCCUCCCUACAUCCACAAGAAUCUCACCACCGCCAACAUCCUCCUCGACGCCAGCAUGCGGCCCAAGCUCGCCAAUUUCGGGCUGGCCCGGGCCUUGGAUUCCGACAACAUCACCACCACGAGGCAUGUGGUGGGCGAACAAGGAUACAUGGCCCCCGAAUACAUAGAGACGGGCCUCCUCACUCCCAAACUCGACGUCUUCGCCUUUGGGGUGGUCAUGCUGGAGCUCUUAUCCGGGACUGGGAAGGACCAUAAGUGGCAUGGUGAUGAUGAUUUGAGUGUAAGAGAGAAGCUGCAGGGAUUCAUGGAUCCCAAUCUCGACUACCCCUUGGACCUUGCCUACUCCAUGGCCCAGCUUGCUACCAGCUGCGUCGCUCACAAUCUCGAUGCGCGGCCCACCAUGUCUGACGUCUUCGUCCGUCUUUCCGCCCUGCGCUCGUCCUCCUUGGAUUGGGAUCCCUCGCUGGAUACAUCCUUCGGCGACUAGCUACCUAUGUCUAUCUAUCACCACACCAAUUACUACUGCUCUCUUCAAUAAUCACACUUGAGAUAUUUAUAUAUAGUUACAUGAAAACACUAGAGUUAUGUUAUGAUCAUCCAUUCCAUUAUAUUUCCUUGUGGAUCAGAUAACGAAAUGAUGAGGUCUGUUCCAACCAAUAUACAUACUUUUCAGGCCUGCCCUUGACGCACGCUCUCAUCGAUUUCUGCUGAAUUCCCGGCAGGCAUCCGCUGACCACUUCCAAGAGCGCGGGCAUGGGGAGCGACAUAUCUUUGCCGUAGUAGCAUAGUAUUUUGGGCAGAUAUAUUUUUGUUUCCUUGUGAACAUAAACUGUGGCUUGUAUAAACUCUUCCUUGGCUACUUUCAGAUCCUCAAAUAUACUGUUUGCUCUAUAAA